AUGGGAGCCAUGGAGUUCGUGACAGGAGCACUGGGCACACUGCUUCCGAAGCUUGGCCAGCUGCUCCAGGAUGAGUACAACCUUCAGAAUGGAGUGAAGAAAAACAUUGAGUUCGUCAUGAGAGAGCUGGACAGUAUGCGUGCCGCGCUCCGCGAUGUUGGAGAGGUGCCACAGGAGCAGCUCAACAAUACAGUUAAGAUCUGGGCUCGGGAUGUUCGGGAGCUCUCCUACGACAUGGAGGACAUCGUUGACACCUUCCUGGUGCGCGUCCAGGGCUCUGAGCCCCCCAGCAAAAGGUUCAUCAAGAAGAUGACAAGUAUUGUGGGUACAGCCAAGACUCGUCAUGAGAUCGGCCAAGAGAUCAAGGGCAUCAAGGAGCGUGUCAUGGUGGUGGCCGAGCGGCGGGACAGGUACAAGGUUGACUCUGUUACUCCUACCAAAACAUGGACUGACCCUCGCAUAACAGCUCUGUACACCAAGGCAGCUAGACUCGUCGGCAUUGAUGAGCCAAGGGAUGAGCUGAUCUCACUGUUGGCAACCGAAGAUGGUGGCAUCUCAUCUGCUGAACAAAGGAUAGUCUCUAUUGUUGGCUUUGGAGGACUAGGGAAGACAACACUUGCUAAAGCAGUUUUUGACAAGAUUAAACUGCAAUUCAAUUGCACGGGUUUUGUAUCAGUGUCUCGUGAUCCUAACUUUACAAAAGUUCUGAAGGACAUUCUCUAUGAGCUCGACAAGAAAGAUUACAAGGACAUUCACAACACUGCAUUGGGUCAACAGCAUCUCACCGAUCUAGUCCAUGAAUUCCUAAAAAAUAAAAGGUACCUCAUUGUUUUAGAUGAUAUAUGGGAUACAGAACCAUGGGAGAUAAUAAGAUGUGCUCUACCUGACAAUGGCCUAAAAAGCCAAAUAAUCACAACUACCCGCAUAAUUGAUGUUGCUGAGCAUGUUGGCGGUUGCUACAAGAUGAAACCUCUUACCCACCUGAACUCCAAAAUAUUAUUCUAUGGACGCAUAUUUGGCUCCGAAAGCGAGUGUCCUAAACAAUUUUCUGAUGUCUCUGAAAAUGUUCUGAAGAAAUGUGGGGGUGUCCCAUUAGCCAUUGUUACCGUAUCUAGCUUGCUGGCUAACAAGUCAAGAAAUGUAAAUGAGUGGCAUGAUCUGUGUGACUCAAUUGGAUCUGGACUCGCAAACAACCUGACAUGCUUACUAUAUCUAAGUAUAUUUCCUGAAGAUUAUGACAUUAAGAAGUACCGGUUGAUACUGAGGUGGAUAGCUGAAGGAUUUGUCCAUCCGCCAGGAGAUGGGAGGCAAAGCUUAUAUGAGAUUGGACAGAGAUACUUGAUCGAGCUUCUAAAUAGAAGACUGAUCCUGCCAGGAGGCAUCCAUGAUGAUGGCAUGUCUCCUCUUAGUUGUCGGGUGCAUGAUAUUGUGCUUGAUCUCAUAUGUUCCUUGUCCAGAGAUGAAAGUUUUGCUACCAUUGUAUAUGGUGACUGCAAGCAAAUCACAUCUUCAGAAAGCAAGGUUCGAAGGCUCUCUAUCCAUAAUGUUAGUUGCCCUACAAUGAACAUGUCAAAAUUGAGGUCCCUUACUAUCAACAAUUCUGCUACAAUUAAUUCGAUGCCACCUUUUUCGUGCUAUCAUCUGUUGUGUGUACUGGAUCUUGAAGGUUGCAAUCUUUAUUACCUUCCUAGUCUAGAGUUUGUUAGUAAAUUAUUUCACCUGAGGUUUCUAAGUCUAUAUGAGACUAGAUAUGCUGGCGACAUCCCAAGAGAUAUUGGGAAACUACUUUUCUUGCAGACUUUUAUGUUCCGCGGAACUGAUAUUAAAGAAGUGCCACUGAGUAUCUUCGGGCUAAGCCAAUUAAUGUGCCUUACUGUUGGACACAGAACAAGGCUGCCAGCAAGUGGGCUAAGAAAUCUAUUAGCCCUGGAGGUGCUUCGAAUGAAUGUGGAUUCUGCAUACAAUGCCGAAGAGCUUGGCCAUCUGACCCAACUGAGGGUGCUAACUGCAUGCUGUGCUCAGAAAGGACAAGGAAGGCAGAUGGGAUGA